CCACUCAAAAUUAUUGUUGUAAGCGUACGAGAGCUGCACUCCCACGUACCAAAGAAGUUAUUAUAGUUUUAACAUUUAUAGGAUAGAUAGGUACAAAUAUGGCUUCAAAUGAUUUGAAGGUAUCACCCAACACCCAUGACCCAACUGCAAAUGAGGCAACAGAGAUGGUCUGCUAAAUUCGUUGUACUGCUUGCUCGUUCGGUCAUAUCAAGAAUGGCAGUUCCAAGCUCCUCCUCCUCCUCCUGGAUUUCUGGAGGAUCACCCGUUUCUGGUUUCACCUGUUCCUUUGUUGGGUUUUCCAGAAAUUGGCUUAAUCCACUCCCCACCAAAUUGGCAAAGAAUGUGGAGACCCAAGUAAGAUCACUGCCUUCAGUCCAGAGAAGCCAAGUCUUGAGACUGAAGGCUGCAAGCAGUUCCCUUGGAUCGGCACAGGAACACAAGAACUAUAAUUUGAAAGAUGUGGGCGAAAUUGAUGGGGGCCAGGACUUGUUUGUUGAGAUGAAACAGAGGUUUCUUAAUUUUAAGAAGCAGAAAUAUAUAAAGGAGUCGGAGUACUUUCAGACUAUUGCUGAAGCUCAAUACCCAAAGUUUAUGGUGAUUGCUUGUGCAGACUCUAGGGUAUGCCCUUCUAAUGUCCUUGGGUUUCAACCUGGAGAAGCCUUUAUGAUUCGGAAUGUUGCAAAUCUUGUCCCUCCUCUUGAGAAUGGGCCUUCAGAAACUAAUGCUGCUCUUGAGUUUGCAGUAAAUACUCUUGAAGUUGAAAAUAUUUUAGUAAUUGGUCACAGUAGCUGUGGUGGAAUACAAGCCCUUAUGAGCAUGCAAGAUGAUGCAGACUCAAAAAGUUUUCUUCAUAAGUGGGUCGUGAAUGCAAAAGCAGCCAAAUUAAGAGCAGAAGCUGAUGCAGCCCACUAUAGCUUUGACCAGCAGUGCAGACACUGUGAGAAGGAUUCGGUCAACCGUUCGUUAAUGAACUUGCUUACAUACCCGUGGAUAGAAGAUAGAUUCAGAAAAGAGUUGCUCUGUAUUCAUGGUGGGUAUUAUGAUUUUCUGAAUUGUACAUUUGAGAAGUGGACUCUUGAUUUGAAGGGAAGCAGCAUUGAAGAAGGGGGCGCAUUCUCUGUCAAAGAUCAAGCGUUUUGGUGUUGAGUUGUUUGCUACAAGCUGGGAUUGGUUGUUCUACGAUCCAAUUCAAAUUAUGUAACAUAUCUGUCUGUAAAAAGGAAAGUAAAAUCAGGUUCAAUUGUAAAGUUGAUCAUUUUACUUUUACAGGGCCUAGAAUACAGAUAGAUGGAAAAUUAUUAGGUGUCUUAUUUAUUUUUUCAGACUAGCCCCAAAGUUUAUCGAUUACUAUUUCUCCUCA